UUGCUUCUCCUCGGAUUUUCAGCUGCUCGCUUCAUUAAGCUCUUUUUUUUUCAGACAUUUGAGCGAGUUGUUGUGCAGAAUAUAUUGCAUGGGCUUAGCCCAUCUCUUUCUGAUGCUAUUGGUUCCGUUUCGCGGUGGAGGUUCGUUCGCGCAGCUUUCCCUCAUAUUGUUCAGUGCUGCGCAUCGCUGCUCUCGGAAGCCGCUGGACGCGAAGAUGCACCGAUGAGCGGGUCAUUGGUCAAAAUGCUUUAUAUUCUGCACUGGCUUCUGCUCGACUCUGCCAACGAGUGCUGCGACAUAGACAGUGGCAAGAAUUCUUGCAACGACAUAACACCGAAGGUAAAUAUUUCUAUUCAAUAA